AUGUCGACGCCAGCCCGCCAGCGCAAACCGGCCACCACCACGGCCACGUCUAGCACUUCCACCGCCAGCUACGAAGACACAGUCCCCCGCAAACCAGCCACCACCACGGCCACGUCCAGCACGUCGACUGCAAGCCAUGAGGACGCAGUUCCCCGCGCCCCCGCGUCCACGGCGGCCGCCAAGCAGGAGCUGAAAGCCGCCGUCAACGAGCAGGCAGCCAGAACGUCCAAGGGGUUUUCGGUCCUAGAUGUCCUGCGCGUCCUCGGCGGCCUGGCGCUGCUCAGCGCGGGGCUGUCGUAUCUGAGCACGAGCGGGACGAGCAUGACAUGGGGGUACAACGCCAAAUGGACACGCAUGCGGGAGUGGAAAGGAAUGCUGAGAGGCCGCGUCCACCUCACCGACGCCCAGCUCCUGCAGUACGACGGCUCAGACCCCACGAAGCCCAUCUACCUCGCCCUCAACGGCACCAUCUACGACGUCUCGUCGUCGCCGCAAACCUACGGGCCAGGCGGCAGCUACCACUUCUUCGCAGGCCGCGACGCCGCGCGUGCCUUCCUGACAGGCUGUUUCGCCGAAGACGCCGUGCCCGAUCUCCGCGGCGUCGAAACCAUGUUCAUGCCCGUCGACCCGGAGACGAAGCCCGACGCGCCAGCCGACGUGCGCGAGAAAGCGGCGCGGCGCCCGCCGCUGUCCCCGGGGGCGAGGAAGAACCGCCACGCGCAGGAGCUGAGGCAGGCGAGGGCGAAGAUGGUGCAGGGCCUCGAGAGCUGGCAUGCGCUGUUCCGCGGCGAUAAGGGGAAGCCGUACUUCGAGGCCGGCGUUGUCGAUCGCCCGGUUGGGUGGGAGAGCCAUGUCCCCGAGCGGCCGUUGUGCGAGCAGGCCGAGAAGAGUCGGCCGGUGAGGAAGUACGAGUAG